CGUAUUUCCAAACACAAACCCCGUGACUUGAUUUUCCCGGAAAAUAGCCUUUUCGAGAAAAUCUCGCGAUGGACUCUCCUCCUGACCCGGCAGACGAGUUCCGCAACUGGCUGGAGCUGCCCCGGGACGUGACGGCGUCGAUCCUGCUGAGACUGGGCGCCGUCGAGAUCCUGACGAGCGCGCAGAGAGUGUGCUCGCCGUGGCGCAAACUCUGCAAGGACCCGUCGAUGUGGCGUGCCGUCGACAUGCGCAACCCCGACAACAAAUGGGAGGACUACGAACUAGAACUAGAGUGGAUGUGCCGCGACGCCGUCGAUCGCAGCUGUGGGCAGUUGAUCGAUAUCAACCUCGAGAACUUCGGCACCGACGAGCUCCUCAGGCACAUUGCUGACAGUUCAAGUCAGCUCAAACGCCUGGGACUUGUAAGAUGCUUUAGUAUUUCAGAUAAGGGAUUGAGUGGAGUGGCUGCAAAACUUCCAUUACUAGAGGAGCUUGCCAUUUCGUACUGUUCAUUGUCAAAAGAAGCUCUGGAAGCUGUGGGCCGUUGUUGCCCUCUUUUGAAAUCACUAAAUUUCAACAUCCGGUGGCACAUGAGGAAUGGAGAUUAUGAUGGGGAGGCAGUUGCUAUUGCAGAGAACAUGAGUGAAUUGCGCCGCCUCCAGCUUUUCGGAAAUAAGGUGACUAAUGAGGGUUUGCAGGCCAUCCUUGAUGGUUGUCCUCACCUUGAAUCGCUUGACCUACGCCGAUGUUUGAAUCUCACUCUGGCAGGGGAUUUGGGAAGAAGAUGUGCUCAACAGAUUAAACACUUGCGUCUUCCCCAUGAUUCCACUGAUGACUAUGAAUUUAAUGAUUAUUGUUCUGUUGUUGACGUAUCUGGUGGCAGCGUUGUCUCCGACGACGACUACGACUACGAAGAAUACGGCCACGUCGACAUUGAAUAUUUUGAAGCCUACGAUCACCCCGACAACCAAUGAUGGAGGUAUACCGGCCACCCCCAACUCAUAAGGAAAAAAGGAAAAAUAAAAUAAAAAUUGAAGGUAACAAAAAAUUUAUAAGGAAUUACUUUUAUUUUUAUUUUUUUAUUUUUUGCAUAUCGGCCUCUAGCAACACAAUUUAUGGACCUUCAGCCCCUGCCCAUACUAAACUCUGCCUACAUCGAUCCUUACCAACAACGACGAAGAUUCUAGGAUCGGGGUUUUUACUUUGAGCAGCAUAAAUGGAAUGAUUCUGAUGUUGUACCCAACUCUUCUUUUCCAAUAUUUUGAAUGUUUAAUAUUAGUAUUAUAUUGACUUUUA